AUGGCCGAAUCGCGAGAUGCGAAAGAGGACCUUCACAUGCAAGAGGAUGAUGCCCUUUCUGAUUCAGGGUUCCGUAUCUCUGGCACUAUCGUGGUAGGCAUUGACAUCGGUACAAGCGCCUCUGGUAUCGCAUAUGCCCGAUUCAAUGCUGGAGACCCAACUACCCCUCGAUGCUACAUCCAUACAGCAAACCUUCAUGGCGCCUCAGGAUCUAGAGUCGACACCAAGAUCCUAGCGGACUCUCAUUCGGAACACUACAACAGCUGCUUCCUGGAAUGGUUCAAAAUGUCUCUGCUUCGUGAUGUGGACUUGCCCAGCGAUGUCCAUCGUUCAAGCAUGUUCACAGAACUAACCAACUUCCGCAAACCCUUCGGUGUUUCGGCAAAGGCAGCCACAGCAAAGUAUCUCAGUCUUCUCUGGUCCGACUUUCAGGAAAGCCUUAAAUGCUCUGUAUAUGAUUUCGAGUAUAAGCUUGUCGUGACAGUUCCAACCGGUUGGCCACUCUAUGCGUGCCAAACAAUGCUUGAGGCCAUCCACGAAGCAGGUAUCCUCUCCGAUAAGGUUACUCUGGCCAAUUCCAUUCCAGAUAUCGAGGCUGCUUCCAUUGCCCUUAUUUCGGACCUGAGCAGACCGCGUGAUGGCAUGCCACCAAUCCUCAAGCAUGAUGAUCUGGUUGUUAUUUGCGACUGCGGCGGCUUCACGACGGAGUCUACCGCCUACAUGAUAAGCUUAACUCAACCCUUUAAUAUGAGACAAAUCACCAUAGGGGAGUGUAUUUUCGCUGGUGGAGAUUUGAUUGACAAUGCCUUCAUGACCAUCCUUAAAGCAAAGAUGGAGAAGAGCUGCCCCAGUUUCAAAUUCGGGCUUCUUACGGGACAACGGCUUCGUGACUUCGCCCAUCAUCAUUGGAAGAAAGAUAUGAAGUGCAACUUUCGCGGCGAUCGUCGUGGAUGGACAUUUGACGUCCCUGAUCAGUAUGGUAAUGGUACAGGUCAGACCAUUUCAUUCACCGCGUUUGGACUUGCACUGGUCUUUGACCCCAUCGUUGACAAGAUUGUUAAUCUUGUUAGAUCACAAAUUGAGGCUAUAACCAAACGUUUUGGUAACCUGCGCAGGGAUGAGCUGCAUGUCAUUAUAGCCGGCGGUUUUGGUCGCAGUCCUUAUGUUCAGACUCGAAUCAAGCAAGCUGUGCUCGAGCUUGCUCCAUCAACCUCCAUCCACUGCCCCUCGGGCGACCAAGGAUGCACUGCAGUGGCUCGAGGAGCUGUUCUCCAAGGGCUUCGGGGGUCCAUGUCAGCUUCGCUUGGCAAUUUGAUGAAUUCGUCGUACGUGACUUCGCGUGUAAUCCACGCCAACUAUGGCGUAUCUCUAAAUCACGGAAUGGAUGUCAAUUGGCUUGUGACGCGGGGUACCGAAUUGUCCGCGGCUAGUCGAAAUGUAAGACCUCUGCCGUUGGAUUCCAUAUCGGCAACGACAGACAACAGGAGCAAUACCGUAAACGUUUACUUUCAAUCAAGAGACGAUGUACGGGGAGAGCACCUCUGCACAAUCAUUUGGCCUUCUGCAGGCCCCAAGAGAGACAUUGAACUCGGUUUUGAUUGGGAUGGUUCUCACAUGGAGGUUUCGGCAUUCCAUCGAGGUCGUGAACUGGUUGGAGUGACAAUCCAGUACGAUUCAUACGUCGGAAGUCUAAUCCGCCACGCGAGCUUGUGUUUGUGA